UAGAACGGUCGACGCAGAUUGCAAUCUCUCUAUGGCUCUGGAUUGACGUGGUUAGGUUUGGGCAUGGGGACCUGGGAUUGGUUAGGGUUUGGGUAAGAAAAUCAGGGUAAACCAAUCAGAGGCAGAAUAAAUCAAUGUUGGCCACGAGCAUAGAAGGCCACGAGGCGCGUCCUGUGAUGUCGACACGUCUAGUGGAUCCGAUCUAGCACCUAACCGUAAAUCACAGGACUGCUCAAAGAUGGUUGCCAUUAGCAACCGAGCAACUAAAACUUGGAGAAAUGAAAUGAGGAAUGUACCGAGCCCUGAAGUGGAAAAGUUAGCUAAUUAGCUAACGUUGGUACUCAUUAUGGCAACCCCACAGAGAAAUGCAGAAAACUUUAUGAAGGUGGAGGGCAACACGACGCUGCCCAUGGACAUUGUUCGGGAGUCACUGGAGAAACUUCGAAGCAUUUCUGCGAAUGAUGCAACAGAGACAGGGAUGCUGCGGUCCAGGAUAGAUGAACAGUCAAGUCUGAUCUGCAUGUUGAAAGAGAGAGCAGAUGAGGUGCUUCUUCGAUGUCAAGCCCUGCAAAACAUCAAUACGGAGCUAGAGAGCCGAGUAACAGACUGCCAGACAGAACUGGACAGUGAAAGAAAGAAAGCAGAGCUAUUAGAGAAGAGAUUUAUGGAUCUAGCUGCCAACAAUCAAGCAAUUAUUGCUUUCAUGGAAGAGUACAAAAGUCAGAAUGAUCAGUUAAAGCUGGAAAACAAACAGCUGCAGUCAGAAAAUGACACUCUUUUCUCCCAAAAAUUACAAGAUAAAGAAGUCUUUGUUCAAAAACAGAUGCAAGAAAUCGAACAACUGAAAAAGAAAUACACAAAUAAGGAAAUUGAAUAUCAGGAGAAAUUAGUUGGAUGCCAGUCAAAACUCCUGGAACAAACCGCUCAGCAUCAAUCCAAGUGCACAUUGCUACUUCAUCAAUUGCAUGAUGCUCAACAACAACAAAGAGAUGCUGUAGAAAUGUGCAAUGCCUUAAAGCUGAAUCUACAAAAUGCUGAAGAAGAGCAUGCUUUCAAGGAAACCAAGAUGAGAGAAAGCACAACAAGCCUCACCAUAGAGAAGGACAAAUUACUGUGUCUGUCUAUUGAAAGAGGGAAAAUAAUACAGGAGAAACAAGAGGAAAUCCAGCAACUGGAGACAAAAUGGAAAAAGGAGAAAAAAGCCCGCACCGAAGCAGAGGACAGGUUUGAACAGGAAGCAGAAACUGUUAAUGCAGAUGUUAAAGUGAAGUCUCUCCAGUCUGCUCUUUAUGAAUCCAUGACAAAAUAUGAGAAGCUGAAAAAGGAUUUUAAAGCCUUCAAAGAACACAGCACCAACCUCCUUUUACAAGAAAGGGAGUUAAAUAAGAAGCUUCGCCAUAUGAUGUGCUAAACUUUAUCAAUAAUAUAGGCACCAGCUUUCCCAUGUGGCCAGUAAAGACUUCUGCUACCUGGAAGGGCUGCAACAAGAAACGCUGGAUCUUACGAGCACGAGCUACAGUUAGCUUAUCCUCCUCAAACAAUUCAUCCAUACCCAAGAUAGCAACGAUGUCCUUUUAUGAUUUGUAGUCCUAAAAAACAGUUAGGUUUGUUAGACAAGAUUUUAGUUUAGUUUUUGGAUUGCAGAUAUUGUUAACAGCCAUUUGUUGCAUCCAAGUGAGCAAAAGUUGUGGCAGGAGCUGGGUUAGUUAAAUCAUCAGGUACAUAGAUAGCCUGUAACAAAAUGAGCAAUUUGAGUAUGAAUAACCAGGAAAAAUGAGAGUGUGCUGAUGUGCAAUUAGCAUCUUGUGUAGUCUAACUUUUACUGAGGUGAUGGGGCCCUUUUUGGUAGUGGUAAUUCUCUCCUGCAUUGUCCACAUAUCAGUGGCCAGUGUGGGCUGCCCACAGCAGAGGGGAUAUGACCCAACAGAGCAGACACCUAAAGGAUAAUGAGACAAAUAUUCAGACACAAGAUGUGUAUACAUAAACAAUAUCAUAAUUUGAUAUUGAUCUGAAAAUAAUGACAAAUCUAUUUGGUAGUUCAUACCUCAGAUCCAACCUGGGUAAACCUAAAGAGGUUGUCAAUAAAGAGAAGAACAUCCUGUCCCUCCUGAUCUUGGAAGUAUUCUGCAACAGUGUGUUAAAUGUAACUCCUUGUGUUGACUUUUGAGGUGGUGUCCUUAAGGUUAAUGACACCAGACUCGAUACAUUUUUGGUUGUCAUUUCUCACUCCAGCAAACACAGAGUAACCAGCGUGAGCCUUUGCCACAUUGUUGAUAAGCUCCAUAAUCAACGUCUUGCUAAUACCAGCACCGCCAAACAGACCUAAAGGAAUUCAACAUGCACGAUAAUCAAUUAUCAUGAUAUGCAUUUAUGAAAAUAUGAGUGCAGACAAAAAAUCUAGGCUGUCAGAUAAUCCACCCUCCAAUCUUUCCACCCCUUUGUGUAGGGUGCCAACUUUGAUUCCAGUGAUCAGGAUUGCCACACUCAUGUUUCUGAACUCAGGGGCUUCAGUGUGAAUAGGAGCAGUUCUGCAAGAGGAUAAGUUAUUUUUAAAUAUGCUGUUUAAAGGACAAGGCAGGCCAUAUUCCUAUUUUUUUUAAUUGUGAAUGAAUCCUAUGAAGACAUGAAGCAGCUAAAUAAAUAGUCUCCAACAUAGUAUGGGGUAGAAGGAACAAAUAGGCUUGUCAGGAAUUCAAAAAGUACUGAGAGACAAACUUAUGAUUUGGGAUUUGUUGACAACAAGAAAAUAUAGAAUAACUCUAGCAUCAAACCUAUUGUUUGGUGCUAAUUAGACCCCUCUAAUCAAUGGGUUCUCCAAUGACAUUCAUGAUCCUGCCCAAGGUCUCAGGGGCCACAGGGAUCCUGAUGGAGGCUCCAGUAUCCAGAACCUUCUGACCGCGGACCAGACCCUCUGUGCCAUCCAUGGCGAUCAUCCCAACUGUGUUUUCACCUAAAGAAGUGCAUGAGGGGAGACAGUAAAGACACUUUUUUUCCUGUCAUAACAGACAUCCAAAAACAGACCCCAGUAUCAAUUCAUCACACUUACCCAGACGCUGUGCCAUCUCCAGCAUCAGCCUGCUCUCACGGCCAGCCACCUCCGGUGCAUUAAGAACAGGAGGCAGGCCUUCAUCAAACUGGGCAUGAACCACAGCACCAAUCACAGCCACUAUCUGGCCGUUGGGCAGUGCUACCUGAGAAGCUGGGGCAGCGUAACCCUUGCCUGAAGGGACAAUGACAGAAAGAGGGCAAUGACAUUGAUGGCAACAUAUUAAAAGUGACUUGAUGAUUACGAUAACAGCAGCAACUCAAAUUAAGAAAUCAAAACAAGUUUUAAAGUAUAGACAUGUUUCAUCUAUUAUAUCCACAGGAUAAAUAAACAAUAUAAAAUAUGUUUCCACAUAUUGGUGCUUCAGAAUUGAAAGGUCUAUGUUCUGUUGCCACUGAGACUUACAAGCUGAAAAGUUCUAACAGGUAAUGACUUUUACUGAGUUACUUGGAAAGGUUAUUGAUUAGGGACAUCAAGACAUGACUGGAGCUUUGUCUGAUUGAAGUAAUAAUAUGACCAAAUGACUGUUUUAUAGCUGCUUUAAUUAAAAAAAGAAAAGAAAUCCUUACUGAUCGCAAGUGAAUGAAGACACUUUAUGGUCAAUUUGAGUAGUGACCAUCCUUAAAAAGUGUCUUCACUCACUCAAAGAAAGAGCCACAUGUGAGCCACAUGUCUCCCGCUGAUUGUCUUUAGAGAGUGGAUCCCCUGCAGCAUUGUCCCACAGCACCCAACAUAGUAGAUGGCUGAAGGUGAAUGUACACACUAUGGACAGUACACACAGACACAGCUAUGAGUAAUCUUGAACUGCUGCUCAACCCAAUGUCCUGUCUGAGUAAUAUAGGAUUUUAAUGAUUUCUGGUUCAGCUGUUGCUGCUGCCCUCAUGCUGCAUGGUGACACUGUAGAAGUGUUCAUUUAUUCCCUAAAAUACUUACAUUAUCAGUAGGUAAGUAUAACCACCACUCAAAAUACAACUGUAAUGAAAAUCAAAUACUGUGAAUUUCACAGUAUAUUGUACCCAUCUGUUACAGAGUGCCAGAGUGUUCAGUUCUUGUUUUUUAACCCAUAAUACUUUACAAUAAUUUUCACAAGUUGUAAAUGUUGCUGCAGCAUAUUGGAAUGCUAUGAAUCGAUGUCAUUCAUUAUAUGAAAGUGACAGAGUGAAUUUUGCCAAGCCAUCAUUCAGUGCAACAUUCCUUUGUGUCUUAUAAUUAUUUCUUGCCUGGAGCUUUGCGAAGCAAACCCUGGUCCAAUUAAGCACAGCAGGCAGCCAUGAAUCACGAGCACAGGACCAGCCCCCUCUCUAAACCACACCAGCACUUAAAGGUCACCUCUACUAGUGGAUGGUCACAUGGUCAUUUUUAGGGUCUGGAAGGUGAAGUACCACCUACAGCUUCUGUUAUUAAGAUAUAUUGCAUGUCACUUGCUUACUGGUUGCAACCCCCUUUUUCAGUGAAAAGAAACAAAUCACAAUAGCCAACAACAGGUUAAUCUAGUGAACAAAAGUUAGUUGAUGUUUCUGUUGAGAAUACUGUGAUCAUCCAUUGUUUCUUGAGUAAAACAACUGGAUCCAAUUGACCCUUCGCUAGCUUAUCUACAAGUUUCCAUUGCUUAGCAAUUUUAUACUUAAAAUCUCAGACCCUUAAACCCUUGCUUCUCAGUCAGCGCUGUUAUGAUCAUUUAAAGUCGAGGGCUAGAUCAAAGGUGACCAGGCUCUUGCAAUUAGGGCCCCCCACACACACACACACACACCUGUGGAAUUUAUGCAUAUGCUUUUUAUAUCACCUCUUAAAAAAUGCUUGGACUCUUUUUUGUUGUUGCAAUUUUGUCUUGAGUGCUCUUUUAAUCUGAUACAAGCCUGUUAUAGUUUAUGUCCAACAUUUGUCUGCGAGGUUUACUAACUUAACUAAAACAUUCAAAAAAGAUUCUUAGAUUGUAUUUAUAACCAUCCCUCUCAGAAUGAGGCAGUCUAACUAUUUAACUGUUUAAAUGAAUGUAUGUGCUUUCUUUAAAGGAGUUGAAGUUGAAAUAUAGAUGAGGUCUGAUGUGUAUAUCAACUGAUUUUGCUGGUAGUUAAAAAGGCUCUCACUUUUCAAUAAAAAGACAAACACACAAUAUGAUAAUUCUGUGGCAUUUAAGAAUGA